AUGGGCAGCUACACCUUCAAGUGGGAGCACCCCGCCGAGGAGGUGUAUGUGACUGGCACCUUCGACGACUGGACCAAGAGCGUCAAGCUUGAGAAGGAGGGCGAUGUUUUCCAAAAGACGGUCGACUUGAAGGACGCUUCCAAGAAGAUCUACUAUAAGUUCGUAGUCGACAACAACUGGGUUCUGAACGAGUCUGCACCCAAGGAGCCCGACCAGGAAGGAAAUAUCAACAACUUCCUCACACCAGAGCAGAUUGCUACCCCUAGCGCCAGCGCUGCUGUCAUCAACACCGUCACUCCCACCUCUACAACCACUGCUAUGGCUGGCGAAGUCCCCAAGGAGGGCGCGGCCACUCCUUCUGACGUUCCUGGCGGCUUCCCCGAGACCCCCGCCAACGAACUCGACAAGCCCAUUGGCGUCGCGCCUCUGCCGGCCGCUGACGGCGCCGUCAACCCCAUUGCCCCCGCCUCGACCAUUGUGCCCGUUCCUGCCACCCAGGACGAGAUCAACAAGAAUGUCAAGCUCGAUAAGGAAUCGUACGAGAAGGCCGACACUCUUCCUGGCACUGCGAACGCUGCCUCGAUCGACACUGCCAAGCCUGUCAUUCCCGAGUCCGGGCUUCCGGUGACCGACAACACCGUCAGCUCUGUUGGCCCUACCGCUACCACCGUUGGCCUGGCUGGCGCUGUUCCCAAGGAGCCCAAGGGCAAGGAGACCGACACAGAAGUUCCCGAGGCUGUCAAGGAGAGCCAGCAGAAGGCUGGCCAGUCUCCAGAAGCCAGCGCUGUGGCCGAGGAGGUUCGCGAGAAGGCCGAGGUCGAGCAUGAGCUCAUGGCCAAGGUGCCCGAGGCCCCUGUCACCUCUCAGGGCACCGCUGGUGUCGGCACUGAGAAGUCGGAGAACUCCACAGGCAUCGCCGCCGGCGCUGCUGCCGCUGUGACCGCUGCCGGCGCUACCGUCGCAGCUGCUGCCAUCUCCGCCAAGGACACCGCCGUCGAGAAGGGCGGCCCUGUUGCCAACCAGACGGCCGCCAGUGCUGCCGACGCUGCCAACAAGAAUCUGCCCGACUCUGUCAAGGAGAAGCUUCCCGUGUCGGUCCAGGACGCGAUCAAGACUGAGGACAAGGAGGUCACCCGCGAGGAGGUUUCGCCCGAAGUACCCACCGAGGUCAAGCAGUCGAUCACCGAGGCUCACGAGAGCCCCGAGGCUGCUGCCAACACAACUGCUGUCGCUGAGAAGAAGGAGGUCGAGACCGAGCUCCUCCAGGAGGUCAAGCCUGCCCCUGCCCUGGCCGAGACCAAGGGCGACGAGGUCAAGUCCGACCCCGCCCCUGCCAAGCCAGUCACUGAUGCAGGCGCCGCUGCCGAGCCCUUGAAGCCUCAGGAGGAGAAGAAGGUCGAGGCUGAUAAGCCCACCGAGACCGCCACAAAGCCCACUGAGUCCAAGCCAGUGGAGACCAAGACCGAUGCUGCCGCUGCGGGCAAGAGCACUACCCCGGCCAACGGCUCGGGCAGCGCAUCUGCUACCAAGCCGGCCGAAACCGCCUCUACCACCGAGAAGAAGAAGAAGAACCGCCUCAGCGCCAUGCUGAGCAAGAUCAAGCACAAGAUGUCGGACAAAUAA